GGCAAGGCAGACUGCGAUGCGUUACAUUUCUUCUUCGCAAUCCUUCAAUCAUGUUCGCGUCGCGGAGUCAACGCGAAAUGUAACCUUUCGAGGCUUUGCUCAUCGAUUUGGCCCGGAACGACAUCGUGAUUCUGGAAGGGGACAAUGAGCUCCGCCGAUGCAAACUUCCAGCAAGCGCUGGCAAAAUUCAAGACACGUCUUACCAAGGAAGAAGAGGAAGAUUUCAAGUUUACUUCGCUCGAAGAUGUCGUCGUCGAAGUCAGCAACAUCCAAACGAGGCAGGGACAACGGAGGGAGAUGAUGAACCUUCCGAGAAUCAAGAAAUUCCUCGAAGCGAUGGCCCAAUAUGAAAAGAUCAUCGAGGUCUUUCUCAAUGCUUCUGAAAUGUUAUGUUUUGUUUGGGGGCCUAUGAGGUUUUGUUUGCAUGUCGCGAGUACAUGGGCAGACUCAUUCGAUAUUCUGCUGGACGCAUACCAAAGACUUGCGGAGAACAUCCCUCUUUUCGGAGACUACCAAACAAUAUUUGAGUCUAAUAUACAAAUGCAGGAUGUCCUCGCUGUUGUGUAUGAAGACAUCCUCGAGUUUCAUCAAACGGCUCUGCGAUUCUUCAGGAGACCUGCAUGGAAACAACUGUUUCGGUCUGCCUGGAAAGACUUCAACAGCAACUUUCAGCAUAUCUUGGACGACUUGGCACGACACAAAAUUCUUGUCGAAUCACGUGCAAACAUUGCUCAGAUUCAGGAGGCUCAAGCAUCGAGGGCUGCAGCACGGAAUAGCUUUGCAACUCUUGAAGAAGGUCAGCGAAAGACACGACAUCUUGAAGUCAUAGGCUGGCUUUCCGCACCGAAUGAGGUAUUUGAUCAAGAGGCCGCAUUGAAAGUCCGCAGCGAAAAUCCGUCUUCUGGAAAGUGGCUCCUCCAAGACAGUAAAAUGAAAGCCUGGAUGGAUACAAGCAAUUCUGUUGUUCCAACUCUGUGGAUGAAUGGCAAGCCGGGGGCAGGGAAGACUAUAUUGGCGUCGGUUGUGGUUGAAGCAUGUCGCCAAGUCCCUUUGACGGCCACUAUCUACUUCUAUUGCAGCUAUCAAGACGAGCAGAGAAAAAGGUUCCUUUCUGUUGCUCGAGCGUUGAUCGCACAACUUCUCAUCCAAAAUUCGACGCUACUGCCAUAUUUACAUGAGCAAUGCCUUGCCAGCGGACAGGCUUCACUCGUCUCCCCUCAACUAUGCGAAGACAUUUUGAAGACCUGUUUGACGACAAUGGGCACAGUUUACAUCAUCCUCGAUGGGAUCGAUGAAUGCGAUCUUCCAGAAAGAAGAGCUAUUCUCUCAUUCGUGACUUCAUUAGUUGCGAACAAUGUUACCCCCGGCAAAUUGCGCGCUCUGUUCAUUAGCCAGGACGAAAACGACAUCAAGAAACUGCUUCGCAAUUGCACAGUGCUUCGAUUGACGGAUGAACACAAUAGAUCUGAUAUUGAAACAUAUGCAUCCAAAAGAUCACAAGAGAUACAAGAUAAAUUUCAACUGUCAGACGAGACGAGACGUUACAUUGUGGGCAUUGUCCGUGACGGGUCAGAUGGCAUGUUUCUGUUUGCAAAGUUGGUUUUGGCCAAUUUACUUGCUCAAUUGAAUGUGGAUGAUUUGUCCAAAGAACUUCGCCCAGACACAUUCCCGAAAGGAUUUGAACAAGCGUACGCGAGGAUUGUUUCCCGAGUCUACCAGAACCCGAACCUGGUUGAACGUGAGACUGCUCAGAGACUCCUGGGCUGGAUCACGUGCUCUAAAAGAUCCUUCAAGUGGCAUGAAUUGCAAGCAGCCGUCUCGAUGGAUACGCAAGAACAGACCGUCGACUUCGAAAACCGUGGUCUCCGCACCCAUGUCAAAGAUAUUUGUGGAUCAUUGAUUGAUGUGAUCCCAGGCGAUCGGGUCCAGCUUGUACAUGGAACUGCCAAAUCAUUCCUCAUUGAAAAUAAGAACGUUCGACUCUAUGAAGAAGAGCAUAAACUUGCAGUGUUAUGCAUUCAAUACUUACUUUUCGAUUGCUUCGACAACAAUCUCACCGAAGAUACUAUUAGAGAAUACGUGACGACCGGACACUAUGCAUUCCAGGAUUAUGCCAUCAUGCAUUGGGUGGAUCACUUGGAAGCUCUCAUUCCCCAUCUCUCAGCAGACCUUGUUGGAAGUAUUGAUCAGAUAUCCACAGCGGUUGUUGACUACUUCGAAGCGUAUGGAUCCUCAGAUACUGGCGAAGAGGACGUUCCUGAAGACCUGAAAAUCAGAUGCCUUCAACUACAAAGCGUCAGCUUCUAUAGAGAAUUUCUUCUGCUCAUCAGCUCAACCAGGAAGCUAAGAGAAAAACUGGAUAAGCUUACUGGCCUUGGAGACUUGGGCGAAGUCAUCAACAAGAAUCGAAGAGAACUGGAGAAAUUGCACUUAUCCUCGACUCUGGAGUUCUCUACAAAAACCCAACUUCAACGGUACUAUGGAGAUAAUUGGUACAAGUGUCCUCGUCACGCUUGCUACUAUUUCCACGAUGGAUUUCCCGACGCUGCUCGCCGAGACAACCAUACCGACAGACACGAGAAGCCGUUUGUUUGCACAGCUGCCGGAUGCAUACGGUUGUACCAUGGCUUCAGCACCGUGAAAGAUCUGAAGAAACACAUGAACAGAGACCAUCCGGAUCCGGCAAACCUGUUUCCGAAAGUCAAAAAGCCGGCACCCAAACAUACUUGUGCCAUUUGCGCCAAGGAGUUCACAAGAGCUCAUAACUUGAAGGCUCAUAUGAAUUCUCAUGCCGGCGAACGACCUUACAAGUGUAAGUUUUGCGAGAAGGCUUUCGUGCGGAAGCAUGAUAGGGAGAGGCAUGUGGAGAAAAUUCAUCCUAUGUCAGAUGGGAACACGAAAGACAAGGAAAUGGCACAGAGUUCUCAGGAGAUUAAGUAAGACGAACUUAGUUGAGACUCUCUCUGCUGGCGAAAGCGACCAACUUGAAGUCUCUUCUCGAAUUCAACGCAGGCGGCCAACCAUCUCUUGUCCAAUUACAGUGCAACUCUAAGCGAACUCGAUCAGGCUUUUGUAACUCCUUCGCACGUGAGAGAAAUAUACUCGACUGAACACAGCGUUUGGGGAUGCAAAGCAGAGUAAUGCACCAAAUCUUUUGGAGUUAUAUGCCACUGCAAUACAU